UCUGAGCAGUGAGCAAGUUGUAAUUUGAAUCUCGUAGAGAGGCUCCUCCUAAAUUGAGGGCACAAAACACUCACCACCAUCUCUCUCUCUCUCUCUCUCUCUCUCUCUCUCUCUCUCUCUCUCUCUCUCUCUCUCCCCCCAAAUGCAAAUGCCCCCUUAAUCAAAAAUCAACCUCUCUCUCUCUCUCUCCUUGAAUAUUUUCCUCAUCAUCAGAUCUCAAAUCAUGAAAAUGUGUAUCAAUUAAUAAACAAAUAAUAAAUGGGAUCCAGCAGUAGCAAAUCGCCGGACUCCUCGUCGUCGUCGUCGUCCGGCGUCAUCCGAUCAAAAAGCAGCAAGGCUAAGGCCAGACAUUAUUUUCACUCCUCUUGCCUCGGAUCUUAUCACCAAGACCAGAUAACGGAACAUCCGGCAAAUGAGAAUGUUGACGAUAUGCCAUGUGCAAACCCGAAUAAGUCGGAACCUGAGAUUGUGAUUCCUGAAUGUUAUGAAGAGGAUAAAAGUGAGCAGUCUGGCGAAAUGCCCAGUGCAUCCACGAAUGUUGAGCUCGAUGACUGGGGUCAAUCUAAUCUUUCUGAUACUGUGUCUAGAGGUGGUAGUACAUCGUCCCGAGCUUUCUCGUCUCGUUCGUUGAAUUUUUCUAGUCGUUUUCUUUCUCGAUUUAGUUUCUUUUCGGGGAAUGUAAGCUUUAGGCUAAAUAGAGCAAGCAGUUUAGGGGCUUCUACACCGUAUCUUAUGCCUUCAACAAGCUUAACUGUACAUAAUAGGUCUGUACAUAAUAAUGAAGAAGAGCUUCAUUUAGGCAGGGGUUCUGGUAAUAAUUUGAUCGACAGAAACGGGAGUGGUCAAGUUUUUGACGUGCCUCCAGCAUGUUUAAUUAAUAGAACUUCCAGACCACAUGAAGAAUCUGAUUCAGGUUUACAUUCUCCAAGAAAUCAUAAUGACGCAGAGGAUACUGACACACGACUAAAUGAUAGGCGUAGUGGAGCUAGAGAGCCUGUGGAACGCAAUGUUAGAUUUAGCAGAACUCUUAGUGUUGGAAGACUUCGUGACAGAGUUCUUCGUAGGUCAUACUUUCCUGAUUUAAGCUUUUGUCCGUUAGAACAAGAAAGGGAAGUGAGAGACCCUGUUCAUGGUGUUGAAGCGGGGAUAGUGGAACCAGAGGAGAACACUUAUGUGCUAUCGACCCCGUCUGGCUUUGCACCGUCCAAUAUGUCUAGCUCAUCAAACGAUAUUCCUGAUUAUGGAGUAGAAAGCUCCCGAGGAAGAGAAGGAAGAUACCGCGAUCUCUUGGAACAUAGAUCAAAUUUUCUUGAACGAAGGAGGAGAAUAAGAUCUCAGGUACGAGCUCUUCAGCGGUUAGGAAGUCGUUUUGAGAAUCUAUCCGGACAUGAGAGAGCCUGUAUUUUGUCUGGUCAACAUCGGAGUGGACAUUGCAUGUGCCGUCUUAAUAAUAGGAAUGUCAAUUCCAGCGAUGACACCAAUGCCAGGGCUAGCAUUUCCCGGAUUGUUAUGCUAGCUGAAGCUUUGUUUGAGGUCUUGGAUGAGAUUCACCAGCAAUCUGUAGUUUUAUCACGACCUUCAGUAUCAUCUUUGGGGUCUGUUCCUGCCCCUAUUGAAGCAGUAGAUUCCCUUCCUUUAAAAGUAUACAGUAAAUCACAUAAGCACUUGAUCGAGGAGGCUGCACAGUGUUAUAUAUGCCUUGUUGAAUACGAGGAAGGGGAUAGUGUGCGGAUACUACCCUGCCAUCAUGAAUUUCAUAAAAGUUGUGUAGACAAAUGGCUGAAGGAGAUCCACAGGAUUUGUCCCCUCUGUCGUGGUGAUAUAUGCAAAUCUGCUUCAUUACUUACUGAGAAUUGAAGUAGCCAGCUUUCUGCAUCUCCCAUUUGUUUUUCUCGACAAGCAUGAAAGUUUAGAGCUGACUGCUUUGGCAACCUGCAGCACUGAUGCUGAGUCAAGUUACAGUUCUUUGAAAAGUUCUGGCCUUUUCUGUCGAUGAGGUCUUCUGUCACUUUGAGUUCAUUGUUUCAGACUUUCAGCUGCUAAUGGAAGCUCUAUAGAAAUGGUCUGAACUUGCCCCGACUACCUCACUUGUACUUCUACAAGCUGCAAAUAGAGAGAGAUGAAGAGUUAACUUGAAAACAUGAUUGAGGAAUAUCUUUUAUGACUGCAUUAUCUGCAGUCAAUUUUUUUUAACUGGUUUUCAAAUGUAUCGGGUGCUUCAGAUCUCAAAUUGCCUGAAUCAAAUUAUCUCAGAUUGCGUUCUAAAACUUUUGUUUUUCUUA